AUGUCGUUCUCUUCGGCAACGUCUUCUGAUGAUGUCUCCGCGUCGAUGAUGCAACACACCCUGCGAUCUCGCCCUAAGGCCGGCGCGUUCAACCUCGCGGAUGUCGCCGCUGCGGCGUUGGCGCGACCGCGAGCCCCGUGGACCGACCAAGAUGACGGCCCGGAUUACGCCGAGGCCUCGUGCUCGUCCUCGUCAUCCUCUGCGUCGUCUACGUCCUCCGUAUCCUCGUCGUCGAGUUCGAGCAUGUUCUCGUCGCCGCAAUCGACGGCGGUCAGCUCGCCCUCGACCUCGGCGGCCAGUUCGUGCCCCAUGUCGGCGAGCAACUCGUUCGAGGGGUUCGCGCUCCCGGCCCCGACGGCGCGCGUCGUCGCGUCGGCGCCACCAACGUCCGCAAUGGCCAAGUCGCUGCAGCCCGCCGAACCCAUCUUCUCUUCCGAAACAAGGACCCACUCUCGACAACGUUUUGCUCCAAAAUCUCCUCGAGCUGCCGAAAAAGCCGUUGCAGUUGACGAGCCCAGACGACCGGCCGAUGACGACUGGUCCGCCCAGGACUUUUCGCUCAAGCUCGUCUUCAAAACGCCCGAGGCGUCGUUCGCUCCGUCGAACCACAUCAACGACGACUCCGAGCACGUCGUCCCGCCUGCGUUCUUUCCUUCGCAAAGGAUCCACUUCCAGCCGUGGAUGCGCAUUGUCCGACCCGAUGGCCUCCCCUUCACCGCCAUCGCCGGCAUGCAACUCGGCGUCACGGGCAUGAUUGAUCUGCUCGACCCCCUGACAGGCAAGAUUGUGGCUCAGCGCAUGAUCGCCGACUUUUGCGUCGACCUUUCGACCGGCUUGAAGUGCUGGAAACGCGAUGCCCAAGCUGCUCGACACACGCAGGGGCUUGAGACAGAGCUGCCCGGUCAGGAGCGCCUCCCGCCGGGCACGUACAGCAUCCCUCUUAGCAUGAAGAUUCCAGUGACGAGCCGAAUGUGAGUCUUCUAUGCGCUAUACCUUGCGAGAUCCUCCCAUCAUGAGCUGUGACUGAUAUCAUAUCUCUCCGUGUAGGCCUCCAUCAUUCGAGUGCGCACAGUUCCGCAUCCACUACUCGAUGGCCCUCACCAUCACCGCGGCCGCCUGCGCGCCGAACGGAACCCCGCGUCGACUCAAGAUCUACUCGCUGCCCUUCCACAUCCUCCCUUCGACGCUCCCGGCACCUGCCCCCGAGCUGCCCGUGCUCAAGCAUGACCACCCCCUGGGCAUGCUCGCCUCGCUUGCACAGUCGUUCACCUUGCGAACGAUCCCGACUGGCUUCCACCAUGUCCACCCUUCGUUGCCGACGUCUCAUUUCUCGCCCGGCGGCCACGCUUCAAUCCCCGUGUCGCUGCGCAUCCGAGACCGACCCCUCGAGCCGACAGAUCUGUACAUCCGCCUCGCGCUCGUGCGCAAGACCUAUGUGCGCGACUCGACACGCUGCUCUCUGCACGACGCGAUCGAGGAGGAGUGGGGUGCCCCCGGUGUCAGCGUGCGCGAUCUCAACUACCCCGAGGAGAUGCUCGUCGAGCCAUGGUGCCGAGACGAGGAAGAGAUCGUAUCCCGAUGGGGCUGGAUCCCUUACUCGUCGCGACCUGGUGCGGACCCUACCGAGCUUGCUCAGGUCGACAUCAACGACAUUGCUCUUCCUCUCCACGGUCUAGACCCUUCGAACCCUGCGUGGGCACAUGGUUACUCGACCGAGCUCGAUCUCGAGCCCACCGCUGUCCCAACGCUGAAGCAAGGCGCGUGCUCGUGGUUCUCGCCCGUAUUCCGCACCCGACCCCCAGUCAUGCAAGAGUAUCGCCGUCAUUUGCACGUCUCGACGCGCUUCUACCUUUCGAUCGAGAUGGGUUUUGCCUCGCCUCAACUCGGAGCGACGCUGACCGAACUGAAGCGACUCUCGCCCGACCUUGACAUCCCGGCCCCCAACACGUUCACGUCCCCUCGAGCUCCCGCCACGUCGGACUUGAACGGGACCUCGGUCGUCAACCCCUUCUUCACACCCUCAUCGACGUUGCCGCCGGGAGCUGCAGCGAGGACUCGCCCCUCGCCUUCCCCUCUCGCCUUCCCCGGAACCAAGCGUGAACUGUUCAUCCCCAUUACGAUCGGUUCAGUCGCCGAACCGACCAUGUCGGCCUUGGCGCAACACGCUGAGCCUUCUUGUGCCCGUCAACGCGCCGAACGCGAGGCUCGCGAAGAGCGUGGCGAGGAUUUAAGGUCCGAAAUGGGUGAAGGGGCCGAAGGGGCUUGGAUUUGCGCACCUCCGGAUUACGAGGAGGCUCUCAAGAGGGUCCCCGCUUAUGUUCUUUGA